AUGUCUUUAGGAGCAACAACCGACCGGCCUUCUGCCUGGUGGCGGGCCUGCUCGUCACUGACUAUGUUCGAAAUUGGCGCCCUAUGCCGGGGCUUUUUGCUGGGAUUGAGUAAAUUGGAGGUCAAUGGUCUGGAGAAGUUUACGGAAUUACUAGACGCCCGCCGAGAUCCUUCAAAAAGAAUGAGAGGGUUAAUUACAGUAUCGAAUCAUAUUAGCGUUAUGGAUGACCCUUUGAUGUGGGGAGCUUUGCCUUUCAAAUACCACUUCAACCUUCCUUCCUAUAACCGACGAUGGGGAUUUGGAAGUCAUGACAUUUGCUGGGCUACUCGUGCCGGAGCAGCCUUCUUCACACUAGGACAGGUUCUGCCAACGCACCGUCUUGCCUACUCACCCUACGGCGGUUUGUUUCAACCAACAAUGACCCAGGGAAUCCGGCUUCUUUCGAAAGGACCAUUCCCCGCCGAUCCUCAUUUUGCAAAUAUCGAGCGCCAACGCUGGAGUCUGCAAAAUGUUUGCGUCGAUCCGUUCUCCGAUCUUCCCACUGCGUACACGACCACCGGCGAGGAUUCGAUUAUAGCUCCCUCAUCAUAUGCGUGCAAUUCGUACUCAUGGAUCCAUAUCUUCCCGGAAGGAAUGAUACACCAGUCUCCGAAGAAAGUCAUGCGUUACUUCAAAUGGGGAGUAUCGCGACUUAUCCUGGAGUCGUCUGAAUGUCCCGAUGUGGUACCGAUAUGGAUAGAAGGCACAGACGAAGUCAUGCAUGAAGAUCGUGCGUUUCCACGCUUCUUGCCUCGACUUUUCAAGCGUAUUAGCAUUACAUUUGGUGAUAAGGCCGACACAGAAGCUGUGUUCGGAGACUUGCGACAACGAUGGCAAAAACUAAAAGAAAAAGCGGCGAAACGGAACGCAUCAGUAGCACAGUUACCACUUGGUGUCUUGAAUGAGGAGUUAAUGUUCGGAGAAGAAGCUGUGGAGCUACGAAAAGAGUGCACCAGCAGAGUUCGCCAGCUUGUGGUUGAGUUGAGGCGGUCGAGAGGUCUUUCAGAUGAGGAUCCCAAGGCGAGUCUCGCGCAAACUUGGGCGCAAGAAGGUCCGAAGAGGGAGGGUAAAAUGCUUGAUGAUUCUUGGGUGCGGGACACUUGA